UUUCUUUGUGCUCAUGGUUUUGCUGAAUUUUAUUCACAUUUGGAAAUACUUACAAAAACACUUAAAAUUUAUUCUUUUGUGUAAAACGGUGAUAGAUAUUUAUUAGUGACUGUGUGCAGUAUUUAUUUAAUUCAAUUUUAAACUUAUCUGUAUGCGUUGUUUAUUUUGUAGACCGAUAAUGGUGUCACAGGAAAGAGAUGCGUAUACCGACGUAGUGGAGCUAUGCGCGUUGCUGCAAUGUCUGGGCUUCAAUGUGAAGAGUCUGGAUACUAACGAGGGGACCAACGUCAGCCAAGAUGCAGGCGUCGUCGGCGGCACUAGGACUGUGGUUAUUAACUGUCAGUCGUCAGGUCUACACGUGGUGCUAGAGAGCGGGGCGGCGGCGUGCUCGUGCCCCGCUACGGACCAUCAGAACAGCGGCUUCUGGCAAAUGGAGGCGGUGACUGGAGGAAAACAGGUCGAGAAGGAAUGCGGCAGUGCCCUCCUCGGCUCUCUCCCCAAGUCCUUCAAGGAGCGUCUUUCAGCGGACCUUCAAGAGAUGGUGCGCUGCAUCAAGCAGCACACGGGAGACGCCGACGCCCCCGCGCCGCACCACUCCGCCAGCCUGGCCGAACUUACCACACCAGAGAAGAAGAUCACUAUGCAGCAGCUAAAAGCCGACACUCCGACCCGCUACCGCUCCCUGGACACUCUGAGCGGCGGGCAGGGCGCGGAGUUGCCGCCCCCGGGCAGUCUCACCAAGCCGCCCCCGGAGGCCGACCGAGCUUCUAAAGUGCCGUUGAUGUGUCGACGGCAGAGCACCUACACGGUAGCGUCGACCCCUGGCGGCAGCGUGAGGAAACGCAACAAAACCUCUAGCCCCAUCCAACCACAAAGCAGCGUGCUAGACAGCCUGAUCGAGGCGGAGAAGGCGGCGGAGGCGCUGCGCUACCAGCUCGCCUCUAUCAUCAGGGACUUCGCGGACGAGGGUAGGGACGACUCGUCAAUGUCGUCGCUGGCGCUGGACGUGUCCAAGAUAUCGCUAUUGAAGGGUGCCGAUUCCAAAGCCCAGUUCGCGUCCAGUCCCAACCUUUCGGGCAUGGGAACUCUACACGAGGGCCUCACUAAAGGCAACUUGAAGCGGUUUGAAAGCGCUUCCACUUCUAACCUUCUCUCCGCCAAGUCUACGCCCAAAGAAUCGACCUCAAGGAUCUCUAAACUACGCCGCCUCUCGCCUAGUAUCUUCAAGAUGAGGAAGGAUAGCUCAAGUGCCGCUAAAGGUGAUAAGUCGGCUAAAAGUGACACCAGCAAGACGAGUAAAUUUAACAAUAUGAUGCGCCCGCGCAUAGUGACCCCUGUGCGGAUACCGCGACAGGUCUCAGAAGCCAGCCCCAACCUCAGUGCGAGCAAGAACAAGUUUAGCCACAUCAAGUCGACCAUCCCGCGGCCAGCCAGCGCCAAGAAGGAAUAG